CCGGUCGUUGACGCCCCCUGGCGGCCUAAAGCGCCACGCCCCGGUCGCGCAUCCAGUCUGCCCCGCCUCAGCGCCGCGGACCUGGUUCUCUCUGUUCGGGGCCGCCCCCGAGGACGCUGUGUGGGCGGCCGUGAGUUUGUCAAAGAUGAGAGUGACUUUAUCAACUUUGGAUACUUGUGAGAGCUCCUUCACACCUUUAGUGGUCAUAGAACUCGCCCAAGAUGUCAAAGAAGAAACCAAAGAAUGGCUCAAAAACAGAAUUAUCGCUAAAAAGAAAGAUGGAGGUGCCCAGCUGCUGUUUAGACCACUGUUAAAUAAGUAUGAGACAGAGACAAUAGAAAACCAGAAUUUAUACCUCGUUGGCGCCUCCCACAUCAGACUGUUACUUGGGGCAGAAGCAGUAGGACUGGUGAAGGAGUGUACAGACGCCGCCAUGCGGGCCUUCACCUACAGAACCCGCCACAACUUUAAAGGCUUCCACGAUAACAAUGAGGACUUCCUCACAAUGGCUGAGUGUCAGUUCAUUAUCAAACAUGAACUUGAGAAUCUUAGAGCUAGAGAUGAGAAGAUGAUCCCUGGUUACCCCCAGGCCAAACUGUACCCCGGGAAGUCACUGAUGAGGAGAUUGCUCACGUCCGGCAUCGUGACCCAGGUGUUUCCAUUGCAUGACAGUGAGGCCCUGAAGAAGCUUGAGGACAGCUGGUAUACGCGGUUUGCUCUGAAGUAUCAGCCCAUAGACAACAUCCGUGCCUACUUUGGGGAGACAAUCGCUCUGUACUUCGGGUUCUUGGAGUACUUCACCUUUGCCUUAAUCCCCAUGGCUGUCAUCGGGCUGCCCUACUACCUGUUUGUGUGGGAAGACUAUGACAAGUACGUCAUCUUUGCCUCGUUCAACCUCAUCUGGUCCACAGUGAUCCUGGAGGUGUGGAAACGUGGCUGCGCCAACAUGACCUACCGCUGGGGGACACUAGUCAUGAAGAGGCAGUUUGAGGAGCCCCGGCCCGGGUUUCACGGAGUCCUGGGCAUCAAUUCUGUCACCGGCAGGGAGGAACCGCUCUAUUCCAGCUACAAGAGACAACUGCGCGUCUACCUGGUCUCCCUGCCGCUUGUGUGCCUCUGCCUCUAUUUCUCCCUCUACGUCAUGAUGGUAUACUUUGAUAUGGAGGUCUGGGUCUUGAGUCUCCACGAGGACAGUGAGUCCGUGUGGACCAGCCUCCUGCUGUAUGUGCCCAGUGUUGUUUAUGCCAUUGUGAUUGAGAUCAUGAACCGCCUCUAUCGAUAUGCUGCUGAGUUCUUAACAUCUUGGGAGAAUCACAGAUUGGAGUCUGCCUACCAGAAUCAUCUUGUCCUGAAAGUGUUGGUGUUCAACUUUCUGAAUUGUUUUGCCUCGCUCUUCUACAUUGCCUUUGUCUUGAAGGACAUGAAGCUUUUGCGCCAGAGCUUGGCCACACUCCUAAUUACCUCCCAGAUCCUCAACCAAGUCGUAGAAUCUCUUCUUCCUUACUGGCUCCAACGGAAGUAUUGCGCAAAAGUGAAGAGGAAGGUUCAGGCUUUAAAGGCGAAUGUUGAUACCACCUUGUAUGAGCAGGUCCUCCUGGAGAAGGAAAUGGGAACUUACCUGGGAACCUUCGAUGAUUAUUUGGAGUUGUUCCUGCAGUUUGGCUAUGUGAGCCUUUUUUCCUGUGUUUACCCAUUAGCAGCUGCCCUUGCUGUGUUAAAUAACUUCACUGAAGUCAACUCAGAUGCCUUGAAAAUGUGCAGGGUCUUCAAACGACCAUUUGCAGAACCUUCAGCCAGUAUUGGUGUAUGGCAGUUGGCUUUUGAGACAAUGAGUGUUAUAUCUGUGGUCACUAACUGUGCUCUGAUCGGAAUGUCACCACAAGUGAAUGCAGUCUUUCCAGAAUCCAAAACGGACCUGGUUUUGAUCGUGGUGGCCGUGGAGCAUGCCCUCUUGGCUUUGAAGUUCAUACUUGCAUUUGCCAUCCCUGAUAAACCACGGCACAUCCAGAUGAAACUGGCCAGAUUGGAAUUCGAAUCUUUGGAAGCACUCAAGCAGCAGCAGAUGAAGCUGGUGGCAGAAAGCCUGAAGGAGGAGUCCCAGGAAGAGGAAGCUACCUGAGUCAGCGUGCGGCCGUCUGUCCCCAGCCUCCACUGAGGAACCUGCAUCACACCUGCACAGGGCGGGCAUACCAGCCUGAUCUCAGGCCAGAUGCCUGGCUGUGGGAAGUGGCUGAAACACAGUGGGCACACUUACCCUGCAAGGUCUGGCUCCAUGGGAGAAGAGGCUGGGACCCUUGGUAGCUCCCUGGUGCCCUCUCACCUGGACCCUCCCAGGGCCCCACACACCCCUCCAGCUGCCUCACUUUGCUCCAGAGCCUUGGCUGCCCUUGGACUUCAUCCCUAAGGAGUCACCAGCUUUCCACAUGGCACCCAUAGUAGGUACCAGUCACUUCCAGCCCCACCAGGGCCCCAUGAUGGGGUGGUGGCUUAGGGUCUGUGCGCAUUAUACCAGUUCACAGGAGCCAUGCUGAGGGGGGUCCCCACACCUGACUCUUUCUGGUUCUGUAUGCAGUGUGUUAACAGACUCACUGAGCUAUUAAAGGCAGCCUUCCCUGA